AAGCAUCAUUUGGCUCUCCAAGCACACCAAGAGGCAUGAGGGUCAGCACUGUAUCUCACCCUUUUUGUGCUGUAUAUAUACAUCAGAUCACAUCUCAUUUCUGUUCAAUACAUCAACAAUUUAAACAUAUACUCCAUAGCUAAGAAUUAACAGAGAAGAACAGCAUGAGUUUCACAGAAGAGCAGGAAGCUUUGGUGGUCAAGUCUUGGGAAUCAAUGAAGAAGGACGCCGGAGAUUGGAGUCUCAAAUUGUUCUUGAAGAUAUUUGAAAUUGCACCAUCGACUAAGGAGUUGUUCUCUUUUCUGAGGGAUGCCGGAGAUGUCCCACUCGAUCAAAAUGCAAAACUUAAGGCGCACGCCAAAACUGUCUUCGUUAUGACAUGUGAAGCAGCGGUGAAGCUGAGGAAAGAGGGAAAAGUAGUUGUAAGGGAAUCCACAUUAAAAAGGUUAGGGGCCACUCAUUUCAAGUAUGGCAUUGUGGAUGCACAUUUUGAGGUGACUAGGUAUGCAUUACUGGAAACCAUAAAAACUGCCAUACCAGAAAUGUGGUCUGCAGAAAUGAGUGAUGCAUGGGGAAUGGCAUAUGACCACUUAGUUGAGGCUAUCAAGGCUGAGAUGAAACCUUGAUUUACUAAAUAAUAUCUUUGAAGGAUGUCUACUUGUGGCUUCAUUAUAAAGACUAAUACUAUUAGUACCUUCAUCAUAACAAUGCAUGAGAGUGUAGUAACUAAAAUAUUUCUAUUUACUUUUACAUGUAUGAUGGUUUAUAUCAUUAUCUUCUACCGCUAAAAUUAUUAACAAAUGCAAUUUGAGUUUGACUUUCAUCUGUGUUUUACAUCACAAACUUGACUUUCAAAAGUUCUUAAAUAGUGGAUUUGAAUGUUUUAUGAACAUUAUCUUAAGUUGCA